AAACAAACAAUUCGGAGAACAAACCACUCGAGGAAAAACUGCAAAAAAACCGUGGAAAACCUUUGUGGAAAAUGUCCGAUUACAGUGCCGUGAAGACGAGCAAACUCGUGCUGAAGGGGGAAAGUUCAAAGGGCACCAAACGGAAACAUAAAAAGGAUAAGAAAGAGAAGGAGGCCAAGAAGGCGCUGGUGGUGGAUACGGAUGCUGUGAAGCACGGGGGAUGGCGAACGGUAAAGCAAACGACGGAAAUAACUGGCCCCAUCGCGCUGCAAUUCGACAAACAGGCUUACGUGAAGGCUCUCGAUAAUGGGCUGUUUACGCUGGGAGCACCGCACAACGAGGGUGAUCCGCCGGAUCCGGAGGAGAUCCUUACCGCGGUGCUGAUCAACGAGGAUAAGGUGGCGUUCAAAUCGGGUUAUGGGAAAUACCUGAAGGUCGAGAAGGAUGGUAUGAUAACGGGCCGUUCCGAUGCCGUCUCAGCUCUGGAACAGUUUGAGCCCGUUUUCGAUCAGGGUAAAACCGCUCUGCUGGCCGCUAACGGAUGCUUCGUAUCGAUCGACCCGGAAGAUGAUGCACUGGUGGCAAUCAAGAAGAAGGUGGGCAGUAACGAGGUGUGCAUAAUCCGCAGCUGCGCCGAUCGAGACAACGUCUGCAGCAAGGAAGUCCCAAUCGAAGAAUCUGGUGAUCUGAAUCAGGUGGAAAUCAAUUUUGUAAAAAAAUUCCAAAAAUUUCAAGACAAGAAGCUGCGCGUCAGCAAGGAGGACAAAGUGGUACUGAAGAAAGCCAAGGACGAAGGAACGUUGCACGAGGAGCUGCUGAAUCGGCGCAGCAAAAUGAAAGCCGACCGAUACUGCAAAUAAACCGUCUCCGGGAAUGGAUAAAUAAAGCAACAAAUAGCUUACGAUGUGCUCUGCUAAAUGUUA